CCCAAUCCAGUCAAACGUGUAUAAAUGGUCACUGCAAUAGGCUAGUCAGUCUGGCUGGAAUGGUCACAUCUCAGUAGAUAAUACUGAAUGCUACCCGGCUACCUCCAAACUACCUAAACAGGGACGUCAUUGUGCUAUAGGCGACAUGAACCAUAAUAUUUGAUGAUAGCAGAGGGUACAUCGUGUUAUUAAGUGGUGCUCAAUAAUACCAACAGCAUGCAGAAGACAAGAACCACCGACCAAACAAUACUGUUGACAGCUAUCUUUGUGGUGAGCUGUGUUGGAGUUGGCAUAUGGUUCAUACAGCUAUUCCAUCUGUCAUAUCACGUUCCGAUUAUAGGAUUAUCUCCUUCCAUAGCGAUCUCAGAUAAUCCGAGAUUGAGGUACAGAACGCGGCCGUCAUGGAAAGUUCAGUGGCGCCAUCUUCUCGACAAGUUACCGGAAGUGACAUCAGAAAAAUCUACAAUGUCAAAGGGACGAAUAAAUAAGCGAGAUACUAAUAAAUUCAGGAAAAAGUUUUCAGACAGGCGAAAUGAUUGGAUUAACUUUUCGGACAUAAUACUUAAUGAGAAUACUAAUAAAUCAAACACCAUGCAAAUAGAUUGCACGCACCGAAAAUUGGCAACAUUUUCAGAAGAUAUAUUAUGUAAGAAACGGAAGACGUUCUUAAAACAGUUUAAAAAUCCGUGUUGGUAUGAGGAAUCUGAAAGAAAAUUGAGUUGCCUCCCCUAUUUUCAUCUUUUUGGCGUCUGCAAAAGUGGAACUACAGAUCUAUUCCACAGAAUUACGCAACAUCCCCACAUACUGAAAAACAAAGGCAUUAUGGGAAAGGAAACCUGGUUCUGGAGCUGGCGUCGCUAUGGUAAUGGGAACAUGCCAGGAGGGACAAUGUAUUUGAGUCAAUUCGCAAAAUUGUUCGAUUCCGAUGCCAUAUCCCGGAAUAAAACGACACGCCCAGAUGGAUCAUCAUAUCACCACCUCAUAACCGGGCAUGGUGAGCCUAUGGAUUUGUGGGACCAAUCAUUCUGGAAACUUAUACCUCAGAACGACCCUGAAGGGAUAGAACCAAAUGUAACCACGCCCUACCUCAUCAAAUAUGUCAACCCGUCAAUCAAGCUUAUCCUUAUUCUCAGGAAUCCGGUAGAGAGGUUAUACAGUCACUACCUUCACGGAAACUAUGGCAACAGCACAGAUAAUUUUCAUAGAGACGUUUUACAAACUAUUAAAGUUCUACGGGCGUGUCAAGAGAACCGCACGCUACGAUCAUGUCUUUAUGACAAGGACAAUAAGAACGAUUUCAAGGUGCCUAUAUCUGCCAGUUUAUACCAUGUCCAUCUUCACGAGUGGCUAAAAGUUUUCCCAAGAAAACAACUUCUUAUUUUCCGUACUGAAGACUACAGUGUGAACAUUUCCGAUACACUAAAGACAGUCUUCAGCUUCUUAAAUGUUGCACCACUGUCACCGUCUGAGCUGGUCCGGGUAGCGGAUAUUCCACAACAAUACCACACAGUGAUGCGAGACACCACCGGACCCAUGCGAUCGGACACACGGACCAUACUAACGGAUUUUCUCCGAGGAUCUAUUUAUAAAGUUGCUAGUAUUCUUCAGGACCGUCGGUACUUAAAAUGGUUGUAACUAUGUUGGAAUAUGCAGCAACUAAUCUGUUCAUGUUGCUGCAACAGAUUUAAGUGUGCACUCAGGUUCCUACUCAAACGAACUAUGAUCAUCUACGAGAAUAACAUGUGUAUAGAGGAAACCUAAAUAGAACAAAUUUGCUGGAUUUGUCUGGAGCAUAACGAAGACCCCAAUGUUUUGUCUUUAGAUAAAUGUUGUCACCAAUAUAGCGGGUUCAGUCAGUUCUCAAUUCAACAAACUUCCUGCCAUUUUGAGAAGUUUAGAUAGUUUUAAUGGAGUCUACGAUUCACCUAUUUUAUGUUUUCGUAACACAUCCUAUUAAUAAAAAUAGAGAUAUAUUUCAC